GGGGCCCUUGAAGGCUCGGGGCUGGGACCCCUGGGGGUGCCGAGGGGUCCCGUGACAGCUCUGCGGGUAGUCCGGGGGGGGGGGCGCUAGAAGUAGAGCCAUGGCCACUCGGCGUUUAACAGACGCGUUCUUCUUGUUGCGGAACAACGCGAUCCAAAACCGCCAACUGCUGGCCGAGCAAGUGAGUAGUUACAGCUCCUCCAGCCCUCUGAAUUCACGUAGCAUGGCUGCUGCGGAGCUGGAUGAGCUUGCUGAUGAUCGCAUGGCACUAGUAUCGGGGAUCAGUUUAGAUCCCGAAGCAGCAGUUUGUGUAACAAAGCGGCUACCUCCCAAAUGGGUUGAUGGAGUGGGAGAAAUUCAGGAUGAUAUCAGCAGGAUUAAACAGAAGAUGAAAGAAUUAGCCAGUCUUCACGACAAAUAUUUAAACAGACCUACUUUGGAUGAUAGCAGCGAAGAAGAACAUGCAAUAGAAAUUACUACCCAAGAGAUCACACAGCUAUUUCACAGAUGCCAGAGAGCAGUCCAGGCCUUGCAGAGCAGGUCACGUAAUUGUACAGAACAAGAAGAACGUGUUCUCAGAAACAUAGUGUCUUCCUUAGCACAGUCCCUACAGGACCUAUCCACCAACUUUAGGCAUGCACAGUCUGACUAUCUCAAACGCAUGAAGAAUCGAGAAGAAAGAUCCAAGCAUUUCUUUGAUACGUCAGUCCCGCUUAUGGAUGAUGGAGAGGACAGUACUCUUUAUGACAGGGGUUUUACGGAUGACCAGUUAGUAUUGGUGGAACAAAACGCAUUAAUGGUGGAAGAGCGGGAACGAGAAAUCCGCCAGAUUGUACAAUCAAUCUCUGAUCUCAAUGAAAUAUUUAGGGACCUUGGAGCAAUGAUAGUGGAACAGGGUACAGUUCUGGACAGAAUUGACUACAAUGUUGAGCAGUCAUGUAUAAAAACUGAAGAGGGAUUGAAACAAUUACAUAAGGCUGAGCAAUAUCAGAAGAAGAAUCGGAAGAUGCUUGUCAUUUUAAUUUUAUUUGUAAUAGUAAUUGUACUUAUUGUUGUUCUUGUUGGUGUAAAGUCACACUAGGUAAUGGUUCUAUGAUUUUCUUAUUUUUGUGUGUAUGUAAUUAUUUUUCCUAAUCUGAAUGGAUGGACCUGUACUCCUGAAAGUUGCCUUUGAAUGUAUACGCCCUAGUGGUACAAAUUCUGUGCAAUGUUUCAGUAGAACUCUUUUCAUAAUACAUCCUUUGGUGAUACCAGAGGUGUUUGUAAAACUUGUACAGAAAAUGUCAGGACACUUGAUAAUGCUACCAAAUUGGUCAUCCAGUUCUUUAUCCAAACAUAUUUGGAAUAUUGUGCAGUAUUUAAAAAAAAGAUGGAAAAUAAGAGUAGAUGUUUACAAGAAAAUAUGAUAAUUAGUAUUCCACUGUGUGCAAAAAAGUGUGCCGUUCUUUGUAGUCUUAUGCUGCAAUUUUGUAAACUAUAAGGUUUUUAUGGGACUAUGAUUUGGAGGGUAAAUGCCUUAAAAGAUACACAAAAUUCUAACUGUUUGAUUUCACCUACUUUUCUCCAAACUUUUAAAAAAUAUUUUUGGAGUGACCAUUAAAAAAGAAACCUCUUAAAACAGAGCAUAAUUCAACCCCUGUGAUCUUAAUUUAGAUUUUGCAUCAUUAGUAAUUAUCAAGGUAGUACUUAGAAGUGUAAAUAACAAGACUUUAAUCACUGGUAUAAUGUAACACAUUUAGUUUAAUUAAAAUAGCUUCCUAAUCCUAAGUAAUCAUAGGGAUAACUUUUCCUCAUCAAAAAGAUCAUGCAUUAUAUUAUCUAUUGCAAAUGUCUUGGUUAUAUAUUAAAUACAGCCAGCUGCAUUACAGUAAUUUUAAUGGUUUGCGCUAAACCUGCAAUAGAAAGAAAAUUUUCCUUUUAGCCCCCUGUAUCCUUCAUCUUUUCCCUUCCAUCAGGUGUCCCACAACAGUGGAUGGUAGACUGUCUUCAUGUACAAGUAGUCCCAAAUAUUUACAGUACAUCUAUCCAUACACUCAUCCUAAAUAAGUAUUUCAAUAUGGGUACAGUAUAUAUUGCAGUCUUUAUAAGGGAACAAGUUCAAAAUGCAGUGUUGACCAUGACUAAAAUGAUGUACUAGUAUGGGCAUGCAUCAGAUCUUUGGUACAAAAUGUCUGGCCUGCAAUGCUUCUGUAGGUCAGGGGAGAGAGAGAGAAGAGAAAUCUUGAGCAGUGGGAUAUUAAUGGUUUAAUAUGGUCCAAAGUGUUGCACAAUUAUAGGGGCAUUGCCUUAAUAUUUUUAACAAGACUUUUCUGUAUUGAAUAGUUGGUUUCUCUAAGAGGCUAUAGCUUGUACUAAUGGCACUUUGGUUCUGAUUUGUACAAUGGUCUGCAUACGCUUGCAGUGAUGUUGUGCCCAAAGCCACUGAAGCUCAGGUACACAAUAUAAUGAUUCUAAAAUUGUACAUGGGGAAUUGGGAUCCUCUGUCCAUAUCAGUGCAGACUCUUGCCAGCUUUCUUCUUGUAAUGGGCCAUGUAUGCCAUCCACCAACCCCUACUUCCCUAGUAAUGAUGGUAUACAUGAGUCUUCUUUGGCAUACUUAGACAUAAUAUUAAGAUAUGGCCCCUUAAAAAGUAUUUCUAGCUAUUGAUUUUCCUUUGUCUGACAAGACCUUCAGUCAUUAGGGUGUUUAGGGUAUCUGUUUACUCGCUGGAAUACUUCAAAACCAGACAGAUUGACUCUGAUGGAAAGAGGUCCACUGAUGAAGGGGAUAUUCUCUCCUCCCCUCUCCCAUUAACCUCCAUCCUUCCCCCUUCCCCCUCACUGCCGAAGAAUUGCAGUUAGUAGCUGCAAGGUAGAGGAGACACAUGGAGGUCCUUCAUAAUGAUUAGUCACAAUAAUUGGUGUUUUCUCUAUUGAAGAUAUUGCAGACUAAAGAGAGAAAUCCCUAGCAUGUGCUUAAAUUACUGCCUUUUGUAAGAUGAGUGAGCCAGGGAACUUUCUUGGAAUUGGAUUAAUUUUCACUUUUUAUUAAUAGCCUCCCUUGGUUGGAAGAAACAUUUGUUGUCCUUUAUGAAUCGGGCAGAUGAUAGGAGACUAAUGGGGAGGAGGCUCAUUUAAGUGUGUAACUGUGCAGGCAGAACCCUACCUAAUACAAAGUAUUUUAUGAAAUAGGAUAGAAUUCUGAGCAAGUAGUUUGCCUGCAUGCAGCACCACGACCCACAGGUCUGAGUUCAUACUUGGAAAAUGCUUAUUUGAUGUGGGGAAUAGGGCAAAAUAAAUUUGUUGGGCGGCUGGAUGGUUUUUUGGAUUGGUGGUGGAAUAUGUGGAGCCAUUAGUUUACUGGUUGAAAUCUGUUCCCGUUGAUAACAGCCUUUAGUUACUUCCUCUUGAUGGAUAAUUCAUGGCCUAUGUGGAAUAAGUUUCACAAACUGGCACUAAUUGGCACACUUUGCAAAUCUUAACUGAUAGUCCAGUCUCAUUGGCCUAUCUUCUGGCCUUGAAAUUUGGGACAGUGUGGGAAUCCAUGCACUGCCUCUACUCCCACUAUUUGUUUUCUGGAUAAAGAGGAAUUUGGUCUCAGAAACUACCAGUGUAGACUUUUCACAGCACUAAAUUCAUACACACACAAUUUGUAAAAGGUAGAAUAAAAUUCUUUAGUUUUGUAGCUGGUGUGUAGCUCCCCAGUGUUGGCAUAGAUCUUUUUGAUGAUUGUGACUAAAACUACUGUCUCCUAAGUCUAUUACGGCUGUCUGCAUCCUAUGGUGCGAAGCAGUAAACAUUCCUUUAAUUUAAUUGACUGUAUUUGCAACUUUCACUCUAAGAUGUUAUUUAUUUCUGUCUUGACCAGUGCUUUUGUUGUUUUAUCCUAGUUAAUUUAAAGACAUAAUAAAACAACACUUCCAAACUAA